UUGCCAUUUAAAACAUCUCUUCUUGGGAGAAAGGAUUCAUGCACAAUUUUCCAGCUACAAGGACAUUACUUUAUCUGGAUUACAGCUGCAUCAUUAUCGCAGGAACGAGAGAUCACCCCCUCGACAAGAGGAGGCAGUACACACCCGAAGUCCAGACGAAAGAGGGGAUGCAGAGGGGGACACAAGACGCAAAAGGAGAAAAGUCCAAUAGGUUCUUUUUCACAAUGCUGGUCCUUCAUUAUUUGCUUGUGCUUCCCUUUGCAAUUCCAAUCGCUUGUAAUCGUUGCCCUCAGGUUUGUGUUUGUGACAACUUAAGACAUUUUGUUACCUGCACUAACAAAAACCUGUCUGAAAUCCCUAUCUUUAUACCUCAGUACACACAAAAACUAAAUUUGCAAGGAAAUUAUCUAAAGGUGAUUCCAUCAAGAGCAUUCAUUUCAACGCCUUACUUAACUCAUCUUAGUCUAUACAAUUGCAGCAUUGAAACAAUAGAAGAAGGAGCUUUCAGAAGCCUUGGACGUUUAUUGCAUCUUAACCUUGGCUCCAACUAUAUAAGUUUCAUAUAUCAGGAAUCUUUUGAUGGACUUUCAUCUCUGCAAUAUUUAAACCUCAAGAAAAAUCACCUUGAGGAGAUAAGGCCAGGAGCAUUUAGCCAGUUAGGUCUUUUGAACUUUCUAAAUAUUGGCAAUAAUUUCUUGGUCUAUUUACCAGAUAUGUUGUUUCAAGGACUGAUGCAGCUUAAAUUUUUGUGUCUUUCUAACAAUAUGAUUAACAUUAUAUCAAAUGAGGCAUUUGCAGGUCUAUCCAACCUUAGAAGGCUAAGUCUCGACCACAAUGAACUUCAGUACUUUCCAACAGAGGCUUUCUCUAGACUGUCUGGUCUCAUAAAGUUAGAAAUGGGAUGGAAUCCAAUGACAUUUAUUCAAGAAGAAGCUAUCCACAUGAAAUCCCUCAAACAGUUAUAUAUGAAUAAUAUGGCAUUACAGGAAGUAUCUUUCAAAGCUUUUGAAAAAAGCAAACAGAUUUCUUUAAUUGACAUCAGUAACAAUCAGAUUAGUACAUUACAACCACUGGCUGGAGUUGAACAGCUGAAAUAUCUAAACUUGACAGAUAAUAGUGUACGUUGUGAUUGUCAAAUACGGCCGUUCAAAGUUUGGGCAGACAUAAAAAGACUGAAGGUUGAUCUAUUUUGUUUUGGCCCCAAUCAUUUUCAUGGAGAUCACCUAGACUCUCUUAGAGCAAUUGACCUAAAAUGUGGAAUUUUUCCUGAGGAAGCUUACAAUAUUUUGCCAGCAACGAAAAAGACACCUGAAAAAAAACUAUGUCCAAUGAGCUGCAACUGCAAAUCUGAUGUUAAACAUGUCAUAUGUGAAAAUAAAUUCUUAAGACAGGUACCCCAAGGUUUUCCUAAAGACACCAGCUUGAUUGAUCUACGUGGAAAUGUAUUUAAUGUUAUUCCUAAAAGAGCUUUCUUAAAUAUGCCAAAUGUAGUUUCUCUUCAUCUCCAGCAUUGUGAUAUUAAAGACCUUCAACCAGAAGCAUUUCUAGGAAUGAAGAAUUUGAUAUACCUUUACCUGUCUAAUAAUCAGAUUUUUGCUUUAAAUCCUGAUGUCUUCCAGGGAGCACCAAACAUUGGAUAUCUUUUCUUAGACAAUAACAAGUUUAUUAAGGUUCCAAAGGAAAUUUUUGGACUACUUCCAAAUCUUUUAUCCCUUCACAUGCAGCAUAAUUCUAUUACUUCACUUUCAGACAUGGCUGGAGCAGAAAAACUACGCUGGUUAUAUUUAACACGAAACAACAUAAGUUUAAUUACAUCAACAGCUUUUAAAAAUAUGAUGUUUCUAGAAAAACUCUAUCUAGAUGAGAAUAAGUUGAAAGAGGUGCCAACACAUGCACUCAAAGGACUGCCUAUGCUGACAGAGUUAAGACUAUCCAAGAAUCCUAUCAGAAAUAUUGGAAACGGUGCCUUCUUGGCAAUAUCUCAGUCACUGCAGCAUUUGUAUCUCAAUGACUUGGGACUAUCAAAGAUUUCAAAUGGAAGUUUUAUAGGGCUUGGACCCCGUAUUAAAAGCCUCUUCAUGGAAAAUAACAAAUUAGAGGUUCUUCCUGACAUGAAUUACUUCAUUGGUCUAGAAGUAAUAAAUUUGUCCAACAACCCUUUUAGAUGUGAUUGUCAUCUGACCAAUAUUCACAGAUGGAUAAAUGGUCUGAACAUAAAAGUUGGAGCAACCUGUGGAACACCAAAACACUUGAAGGGCCAGAAAGUCAGAAAUGCUUCAUUUUCUACCUGUGACGAGAAGAAGUCUGUUGAGAAAAAAAAAAGCAAGGAUGAGGAGCGUAAUAUUUUUUUUUUAAAAAAGAGAAAGAACAAGCCUGCAAAACAUCCAUAUAAUUGUGGGUUUUGAAUAAGUAAUUAUAAUACAAUAUAUUAGGUAUAACAAUAAAAAAUAGGUUAAGGAAUUGAAAGUCUGUACAGUAAAUAAAUCUGUCGCUCUUUUUUUGUUUGUUUUACAAUAAAUAAGCCAAAAAUGCA